AUGAAAAUUGUGAAUUCCACUCCAAAUUUAAAAACACUAAUUUAGAAUUAACGCUAAUUCAAUUUUCGAUUAUCCGCCUCCUCUUCGAGAGAACUUCUAUUCAGUGAUAGUGAUGAAUAGAAAAAUAGGAAGUAUUGAAUUACUAGAGAUGGAAAACACAACUUUCAACAAAAAUGUCACUGAUGGGUUCAGAACUGAUUCUAAAUCAAAUUUGUUGAACAAACAAGAAACUCCAAUUUGGGGCAAAACUUCCCCCAGUAAAAGUUAUUGCUCUUCUAGUUCAACAUCCACUGAAAAUGUUGUUUCUACAUUGGAACGGAAAAAGGUUUCCAGUGAAUCAGGAGUUUCUAGUAGGCCUGAUGACUCUCCAGUUCUUCCAGGAGAAAAAGUGACAGGCCAAGCCAGAGAUGUGACUUAUCUGUGUCCAUAUCAUGGGCCAGCUAGAGGAAUAUUAACAGUAACAAAUUACAAAUUGUACUUCAAGUCUGGUGAUAAAGACACACCCAACAUUGUUGAAGUCCCUUUGGGUGUAGUUUCCAGGAUUGAAAAAGUCGGGGGUGCAUCUUCUAGAGGGGAAAAUGCUUAUGGCAUUGAAGUGUUUUGCAAGGACAUGAGAAAUUUGAGGUUUGCACACAAACAAGAAAAUCAUUCUAGGAGAAAUGUUUUUGAGAAGCUGCAGAUGUAUGCUUUCUCCUUGUCCCACAAAAUGAAUCUGUUUGCUUUUGAGUACUCAGAAACUUUCCCAGAAAAUGGUUGGACUGUUUAUGAGCCAAUUGCUGAGCUGAAGAGAAUGGGAGUCAACAAUGAUAUGUGGAAAAUAUCGAAAAUCAACGAACAAUACGAAGUAUGCGAUAGUUACCCGGCCGUUUGGGCUGUUCCUGCACAAGUCACUGACGAUGACAUCAAAACAGUGGCCAGUUUCAGAAGUAGAGGCAGAAUACCUGUACUAAGUUGGAUACAUCCUGAAUCACAAGCCACAAUCACUAGAUGUUCACAACCUCUCGUUGGGGUUGGCGGUAAAAGAUGUAAAGAUGAUGAAAGAUAUGUUCAACUGAUAAUGGAUGCCAAUGCCCAGUCUCACAAGUUAUUUAUAAUGGACGCGAGACCUAGUGCAAAUGCUAUAGCAAACAAAGCUAAAGGAGGGGGGUAUGAAUCAGAGGAUGCAUACCAAAAUGCAGAACUGGUAUUCUUAGACAUUCACAAUAUUCACGUUAUGAGAGAAUCUUUGAGGAAACUCAAAGAACUCUGCUAUCCCAACAUCGACGAAGUCAAAUGGUUGUCUGGUGUGGAAUCCACUUAUUGGUUGAAACACAUAAAAUGUAUAUUAGCGGGUGCAGUCAGAAUUGUUGAUAAAGUGGAAAGUCACAAAACGUCAGUUCUAGUCCACUGUUCAGACGGUUGGGAUAGAACAGCUCAACUUACUGCCCUUUCCAUGUUGAUGCUAGAUCCCUAUUAUAGGACGAUCAAGGGGUUCGAAGUUUUGAUUGAAAAAGAAUGGUCCUCUUUUGGACACAAAUUUCAACAGAGGAUUGGCCAUGGUGAUGAUCAUCAUUCAGAUGCAGAUCGUUCCCCAAUUUUCCUACAGUUUAUCGAUUGCGUUUGGCAAAUAACACAGCAAUUCCCCAAUGCGUUCGAGUUUAAUGAUUAUUUCCUGAUCACCAUCCUCGAUCACUUGUAUUCCUGCCGUUUCGGAACGUUCUUGUGUAAUAGCGAAAGGGAGAGAGUCCAAGAAAAACUAAAGGAGCAAACCGUUUCCUUGUGGUCUUAUACUAACAGCAACUUGGAUUUGUACAAAAAUCCCUUAUACUGGGCGAAUACUUUACAACAGAGAGUUUUGGUGCCGAUCGCGAGUAUCCGGCAUAUAAAAUUGUGGAAAGCUUAUUAUUGCAGAUGGAAUCCCAGCAUGAGAACUCAGGAUCCAGUUUAUCAACGCAUAAUCGAAUUAUUGAAAUUGAAAGAACAAUUGGAGCAAAUAGCAGACGAGUGCAAAAGAGACCAGCAACAGAGAAUGCAAAGGAGCAAUGUUUCACCGACAUAA